AUGUACAGUGCUCCAAUGUUAUUCAGGAAACCAAAUAUUCCUGACAAGCCAAAAUGGGACCAGUUACUUCAAACGUACAGGUGCAAAAUGUACAGGAGAACCGCUGCGACGGGGAGAGUAAAUUUGGCUAAAAUUCUCCCUACAGUAAACGCCAUUCAACAACAUCUAAAGAGGGUCUAUUUUCAAGUACAACAAUGGCUGCACGGAGACCAGCUGACCAUGGACCCAACAAAAUGGGGGUGGAGAAAGGAAGGCGAUACACUAGUGCCUGUACAGAUGGAAGAAAAACCUGCGCCCAAGAAUAUUAUGGAACUAAUAUUCUGUGGAUGCAAAGGAUAUUGUAAUCUGAACACCUGUGAAGGUUCAACUUGCCUUAACAGUGAAAGAUAUUCAGAUGAAAAUGUUAAUGUGCCUGGGACAGAGGCCUCAGAUGAGGGAGAUGUUCCCCGUAUGAAUACAUCAGUCGAUGACGAAGAAAAUGAUCAGACACAUUUGAGUUAA